GUGCGUUUAACAGUUUUAUUGUUUGAUAUACAGUGCGUUCUGUACAGUCGACUAUUGCGGUCACGGUGAUAAUAAUAAUCGUGUGAAAUAAUUGCUUUUAUUUUUUGUGCGUUCGUUUCGAUUUUUUUGCAUAAAUUUGCGAUUAUUUAUAUCAAUAAACAGACAUGGAAACGUAGCGAUCGGAAACUAUACAACAACAUGGCUCAAUUCAACAGGUGGACCUUCAUAAAGCUAUUAGAAGUCAUUCUAGUAUUAGUCUGCGUCAUCUUCAAGCGGGUCACAGACGACGAAUCGUCCAGAGUGUUCCUCUACUUGCAGAAGCUAUCCAGGGAAUGGCACCUGCUGAACAACAUCACCUGGAGCCGCGUGGGCGCCGCCGUCGCGGACACAGCCUACGGCGGCUACCUCAUCAUCACGGGCGCCCUCUUCUUCGCCCACCUCUUCGGCGAGCUGCCCACCACCACGAGGAUAUUCGAGUACAUCGUGCUCGGAAUCGGCACCAUUCUGUUCAUCGUACUAGGUAGUUUAUCGUUCGCCGCCAUCGAUUCCGUGCCGCACAAUCUGAUAGACAACGCGGCCAUCGUGGGAACGGUGUCGCUGGUGGUGGCGGCGCUGUUCCUGCUGGACAUCGGCGGCCCGAAGAGGAGGACGCCCAAGCAGACGGCCGCCAAGCUGAAGAAGCCGCCCGAUUCCAAGGUGAUCACCAAGCAGGUGUACGAGGCGGAGAAGAGGAAGAAGGACGAGAGGAAGGCGUCCGCGCCCGAGAUGCAAUUCGUUCCGAAGAAAGCGGAGAAGAACGAGAGAAACGGCGUGACGACGAUGGAAAUGCAGACGAUGAAUAACGGCGGCUAUCAGAGGAUGCACGACAGCAGGGACGAUUCGUUCAGGAGAUUCGGCAUUUACGGGCAGGACGUGACCGACGAGGGCGCCACCACCGAUGCGGAGGAUAUCGAGAUGCCGCCCAAGAUGGAGCCCCACUCGCCCAUAUGGAGCAAUAUCAGGAAAGGCCAGUAUGGAAAAUCUGACAUCGUGAAUCCGAAAUUAAUGCUGCAACGUAGCGACUUUCCGGAAGACUUCAGACCGCCUAGCAGCCCCGGCGAUCCUGGUUAUGUACAAUACACCGCCCAGCAUUGGGGGCAAUCGGGCGCCAGGACGCCCAGGCAUAGCCCAACACAAGUUUAGUUUUAUGUUCGUUAACAUCUCCCGCGAAAGACUAAUUUUCUUCAGGUAUUGACGACCGGUUUGUUUAUAAAUUUCACCUGUCAAUUAGCACCCAAGUCUGUGCAUGAGGUUUUUAGUUAAUUUUGAAAUAAUGUUAGUUCGUUGAAACAAGUAAUUAAUAAAAGAAUUAUCGGGUUGGCUUUAAGUGUAGAGUGUAGCGAAUUAGUUGUCGCCGGUUUAAUAGAUUUGUAAGUAAAAAAGAAUUGACAGCAAAUUUGACAGUUCUUUUGUUAAAAACUUGUUAUUUGUUUACAAUUUAUUGCCAUAUACUAAUUUUUGUAAUAAAUAACGCACCGUUUUGUAAAAAUAUCCAAUAAAUACUAUACACCUUUU